AUGAACCUGCAGGAUGUUAUUUAUUCUACGAAUAGCUUGUCGAAGCGAGCCGUAACAUUCAAACUGGGCUGGGAGGUCAUAGCCCUCGACAAACUUGGCAGCACAGAAUCCCUCCCCAGCAUAUUUCUUGAGGAUCAAUCGUCCAGUGGAGAUCUCAUCAAGUUAAUGUGUGGCGGACCGGCGGACCAACUGUCAAACGUUAAAAGGUGUUCUGGACCGAUGAUAAGCGGGAGCAGCCUUCCGCGAGCGCGACAGCUAACAGAGGGAACAUUAAGUUGCUCCAAUGCGUUAUUUCAUGCCACAGAAAAGCCCAUGGUCGGCCUCCCGUCUCCCACGCGCCCUCCCGCUCGUUAG